AGUGUGAGUUCCGUCAAUUUAGGUGCGUUUCUUUUAUGACUCCGUAGUAUCUUGCUUUUUCAUGGGUUCAUCCCAAUGUCACCGGAAGAAACCGCCUGUUUACGAAGUUGCUUUGCAAGAAAUAAACGUACUAUUUCUUGAGAUUCUGUGCGAUGUGUGGUAGUUGCCGUUUUAAAACGAGUUGUUUUCAAUUGCAGUAUUAAAUGCAAGACGCACUGGCGUGAUGGGAAUAAAUGAUCGAGUUACAUGCAGUUUAGGUUUAAUGUACAUUUAAUAGUCAAGUUUCUGUAGCGAUUUUGCAAACAUGAAAAUCACGGACAGCGUGUUGAGGAGUUUCAGGGUUGCGAGAAAAUAUCAAUGCAAUUCAGAUAAAGUCAAUUGUUUUGAGUAUUCUUGGAAUGGUGAGAGCGCGAUUUCAAGCAGCAACGACGACAGGAUUGUUUUGUAUGAUAUGACCCAAGGAACGCCGCUUGAUCGUCCGCUUUACAGCAAGAAGUAUGGAGUCGACUUGAUCCGUUACACAUUUGGAGAUCCCGAAAAAGUCAUCUAUAGUUCCAACAAGUUGGAUGAUACAAUACGAUAUCUGUCACUAACUAACAACAAUUUCAUCACAUACUUCUCCGGUCACACUGCAAAAGUUACAGCUCUCUCUAUGUCACCUGUGGAGAGAAUGUUCAUCUCUGCUUCCUUGGAUAAGACAAUCCGCAUCUGGGAUCUACGCGCUGAGACUGUUCAGGGUCAAACCGAGCCCCUUGACAGACCCAUUUGUUCUUAUGACCCAGAAGGGGUCAUUUUUGGUGCAGGGGUCGAUUCAAAGUCCAUUAAACUGUACGAUGUCCGCGCUUUUGCCAAGGGUCCAUUUAAGUCCUUUGAGGCGAAGCUGAAUCGUCACUGGACCGGACUGAAGUUCAGUAAUGAUGGCAAACUAAUUCUCAUCUCUACCAAUGGGGGAACGAUCUGCAUCCUCAACGCUUUCACUGGAGACGUGAUUCACAUAUUUUCUGGCUACAACAACAGCACAGGCUUAAACCUGGAGGCUUGUUUCACCCCCGACUCACAUUUUGUCAUGAUCGGCUCAGAGGACGGGAGAGUUCACGUUUGGAGCACAGAGAACGGGAUGAAGGUCGCUGUGCUGGAUGGGAAACAUCCGAGACCCAUCAGCGUUGUGCAAUUCAACCCAUUGUACAUGACUUUUGCCACUGCCUGCACUCACAUGUUGGUGCUGGAGUCGUGCGGACAGCCAGUAGAAAGCUGGGACAAGGACUAUGACCACUUCCUGUUACCUCUGCUCACGCCACAGCAGCCAUGCUACAUCCUCUACCGACUGGAUUCGCAGAAUACGCUGGGAUACGAGUGGAUCUUCAUCGCUUGGUCACCCGACCAGUCACCAGUCAGACAGAAGAUGGUUUACGCUGCCACUCGUGCCACAUUGAAGAAAGAAUUCGGAGGAGGUCACAUUAAAGAUGAGUUGUUUGGUACAGUUGAGGAUGACGUGUGCUUCCAGGGUUACUUGCGUCACAUGACCUCCUCCUGUUCUCCUGCGCCACUCACAGCAGCCGAACAGGAACUACAACGAAUUCGAGUCACAGAGGAUAAAGUUGUAUCGGAUGAGCGUAGACGUAUUGGGAUUCCACGUGCUAGAGUUCCAGUGGAGUUCGGUAUAGACAAAAGAGUCUCUCAGGGUCUCGCGUUCCCUUUACAAGAAGAGGCCAAGCGAGCUCUUCAGCAGCUGAAGCAGAAACGCAUCAACUACAUACAACUGAGGUUGGAUGUGGAGAAAGAGACCAUUGAGCUGGUUCACACCAAACCAACGGAGACCCGCGAGCUCCCGUACAGGAUCCCCACGGAUUCCCCCAGAUAUCACUUCUUCAACUUCAAACAUUCCCACCAGGGCCGCACUCAAGAGGCACUGGUGUUCAUAUAUUCCAUGCCCGGGUACACCUGCAGUAUAAAAGAGCGAAUGUUGUACUCCAGCUGCAAGAACAGGCUCCUGGAGGAGGUGGAGAAAGAUUACCAGCUGGAAGUGACCAAAAAGAUGGAGAUCGAUAGUGGCGACAGCCUGACAGAAGACUUCCUGUAUGAGGAGGUCCACCCGAUGGAGCACGCCUUGAAGCAAGCGUUUGCUAAACCUCGGGGACCAGGCGGCAAGAGGGGCAACAAACGUCUUAUCAAGGGCGCGGGAGAGAACGGUGAAGAAAUUUGAACACACACACACUUGAUGGGGGGCUCACACUCCGGACACCCAAGUGUUUGUAGAAAAUUUAAAAAUACCUUUUCCAUUAUAUGUCUCCUUUAAUUUGCAGGGUUGGAUGUAUUGCUCUGCUAUGCUUUCUUCAUCAAUGAUUCACAUUAAUCAUUCUUGGUGAGAGCAGGAAUGUCUUUGAAGUUUGUUGUAUGAUUGAUUAUUAUCCUAUUUUAACAUCAUGGCACCUGUCCAAGAUUGAACACAGUGCAUGUGUUUGUUUCAAUCACGCACACGUUUCACGAGGAUGUUCUUCACAAUAAAAUAUAUUCUUUAUCCUAUG